GGAAAAGUUUCGUUUUCCAUGUGACAAUUUUUCUAAGAAACAUUUUGAGUGAAUAGCUAUAAAAAAAAUGCAGAAGCCUGAAAACGUAACAAAUAAGAGAAGAAAAAUAAAAGAAAAUCGAUAAUUUUCUGAGGAUCGUGCAUUUCCGGUGCGACGAAGAAAAUCUUGGACGUUGUUAAAAGAAUCGUGUUCCACUAUUGGUUAUAUGGACCCUUAUUCAAAUUAUCAUCAAUUUAGAUUCAUUAAUAGUAUUUCCUCCCCUCAAAUAUAUUCCAUCUGAGCGUACAGAGCUGUUGCAUUAUAGCUACAAAGAGAAAUAUCGUAGUAACUUUGAGAGUUGACGGUUCAGUGUGUCAAAAGAGCAACCAUAGGUUCCGAGGGAGAAUAAAUAUUGUGAGCGUAACUUGAGUGGUUGAAGGAUUUUUUUUUUUUAUACAUCAAAAUGGAUCAAACGAAAGAAUUGCAAAAAGUUUUUGAGGAAUUCAGUCCGAUGUUGGAUUCAUGGUGGCCAUACGUGAUCGGUCUGAUAAUGGGAAUAGCAGCAGCAAUAAGCCUUGCAAUUUUUAGAUCGUACAUGGGGGGAAAUAGCUGCCCGAGCGAGGAUCGCAUCGAUGGAAAAAUCGUUGUUAUCACCGGCGCAACCAGCGGCAUCGGCAAAGUCACAGCUUUCGAAUUAGCCAAAAGAGGUGGUCACGUGAUUCUUGCUGUUAGAGAUAUCGAAAAUGGCGCGAAAGUCGCCGAUGAAAUAAAAACGCUCACGGGCGCUAAAGCUGAAGUGAGAAUGGUAGAUUUGUCGUCUCUCAAAAGCGUUCGUGAUUUUGCAGACAAGUUGGAAGUUAACGAAGUUGAUAUAUUGGUGAACAACGCUGGAAUUGCAUUUCAUCCUUAUGAAAAAACGGAGGAAAAUUUUGAGAUGCAUUUUGUAACUAAUUAUCUUGGCCAUUUUUUAUUGACGCAACUGCUUUUGCCGAAAUUGGAAGCCGCUAAACAGGGCAGAAUCAUAAACGUUACUGCUCAAGCGUACUCGACAAGCUCGAUAAACUUGGAAGACUUGAAUUUGGAAAACAAUUAUUCAGCGCGGCAAGCUUUUGGGCAGAGCAAACUAGCUUUGGUCAUGAUGACUAUAUUUUUGAGCGGUUAUUUGAAAGAUUCGAAUGUUACGUGCAAUUCCGUGAAUCCUGGGCUCGUCCGAGGCACUCGUCACAUGAGAAGUUCUCCGAUCGAGCAUGGGUACUUCAUUAAAUUCAUCAUGUAUCCCUGGUUGUGGUUGUGUCUGAAGAAUCCUUUGCAAGGUGCUCAGACGACGAUCUAUGCUGCAGUUUCCAAGGACUUGGAUGAAACUACCGGCGAAUAUUUGAGCGACUGUGAAAUAAAGAAAACAGCAAUAAGUCCGAACGACAGCAUUGUUAAACAGCUCUACGCGAAAUCGAUGUUGCUCGUAAAACCUUAUUUGAGAUCAACAAAACUGGAAACUCAACAAACUAAUUUGGACGGCAAAACAAUCGUCGAGGAGUCCUAAAGAACGAAUCACUCUCAUUGCAAUUCAUGUUUUUUCCUUCUAUGCGCAUUUUUUCAUCGCGUUAAAAUAUCCUCAAAGAAUUUACCGUUAUCUGUUUUGUUAAACAAGUUUAUUCGUCUACGUCAAAAGAUAAUUCCGGCUCGAGAACAAUAACGUCUCCAUCAACUGGUUUUCAGUUUUGUCCAUUUUUCACUGGUCAUCCACAGCCACUUCGCCAAUUGAUCGUUUUUCGCCUCUUCCGAAACUUCCGCUUCGUCAAAGUUGCUGAAUAAAUUGUUAAAAAAUAAUAAAUAAUCCGUACUUCAAA